AUGGGUUCUCGUUCAUGGCAGAUCACAACGAUGAUGGUCAUUUUUUUCAAAAUAUUAUUCUUGCUGACUGAUGCAGCAAGAGAUGCGAGUUUUGAUGAAAACUAUAAUGUAACUUGGGGUAGAGAUCGUAUUUUAUUUUUCAAGCGUGGACAUGAAGUUCAGUUAUCGUUGGAUCACUUAUCAGGUUCCGGAUUCGCGUCAAAAGCAUAUUUUGGAUCUGGGCUAUUUCAAAUGAAGAUUAAGCUACCCGACAAGGAUUCUGCUGGUGUUGUUACUGCUUUUUAUCUGAAUACAAAUGUGGGCGGGCACGAUGAGUUAGAUUUCGAGUUUUUGGGAAACAAACCAGGCAAACCCAUAGUUCUACAAACAAACGUAUUCACAGAUGGCGUUGGUGGGAGGGAGCAAAGAACCCGUCUUUGGUUUGAUCCAACAGCAGAUUUCCAUUACUACAAACUGUUAUGGAACCAACAUCAUAUUGUAUUUUUUGUGGAUGACAUACCAAUAAGGAUACAUAAGAACAAUAAGCUCAAACAUGACGUACCGAUAAGGGUAUUAAAGAAGAACAGGUUGAAAGGUAUAGGGUACCCUAAAAGGGCAAUGCAAGUGGUUGUGAGCUUAUGGGAUGGGUCUGAUUGGGCCACCGAUGGAGGUCAAAGCAAGGCCAAUUGGUCCAAUGAACCAUUUCAGGCCCAUUUUCAAGAUUUUAACAUUGAUGGGUGUCCUUCGAUACCUACCGUGCCUAAUAAGGAUUGUUAUUCUUCACGGUACUGGUGGAAUCGUAAAAAUUACCGACAAUUAAAUCAACGUCAACUCAAAGCUUAUGAAGAUGCGAGAAAAGUGUAUAUGAAUUAUGAUUAUUGUACUGAUAGGGGUAGGUACCCUAUCCCUCAUCCAGAGUGCACUGAGUGA